AUGAUUAUCUCAUCGCGACGUGACCCGUAUAGGACGGCUGUCCGUAGGGCUCCUACCCCGAGCAAUAUUCGGCUGACCCCGCGGACUUUACGCGUUCCUUUUAUCGACUCCCCUUUACCAUCUCCUGGACUUCCGUCAAUAUUUCCUCGCCGUACUUCUAAGCCUUCGCGUUCUCGACUUCUGAGGAAUUGGCGAACUUUGGGGCUAGUUAUCGGGUGCUGUAUUGUCAUCGCAUGGCUUAUCCUCCCACCCCGCCAUGUCGAUAGUGCUGCUCUUUCUUACCAAUCGCAGGGUGGAGAUGCAUAUGAAAUUGUUGAGAGCAACGUGCUACCCGACAUUGCUGGCCCAAUUAUGAUCAAGGAUAAAAAGGGGCGUGCCCGAUGGACCAUCUCACUUCCGCCGGAACGCUCCUUGCCGCUACCGCCCUCGGACUACGCCAGAAUAUGCAUGGAGGCGGAAGAUCUGGCGACCCAUGUGGCAAGAACAAUGAAUGCGAAACCUCGCACUGCCAAUGGUCAAUAUUACGGAUUCCACUAUGAGGAUAAAAGCUUUCUAGAUAUCGCGGAUGCGGAAAACCAAGGACUUCUUCCUAGUACGGUUUCAGUCCAGCCAGGGGCUGUGGCUGGAUCGGAAGGAUACCAGACUGACCUGCCCCUCUGCAAACGUUCUUUGACCUUUCUCCUUCAAUCAGAUGAUGCCGGGUUAGGCCCGACGUUGAUGGGGCUAUGGAUGGCCUAUGGAUUUGCGAAAGCAGAAGGAAGGGACUUUUUCAUUGAUGACUCUAGUUGGGCUUACGGCACAUACACUACAUACUUUAAACCUCCACCAAUACCAGCAUGCCGCCCUCCACCUGUUUCGCAUCGGAUCCCGUGCCCGGCACAAGCGCGGCAUUUAUUGAUUUCACCUUCUACUUUCCGGUGGAUUUUUGAUAGUACUUUUGACGAAAAAUUUCAAAGUCGACAUCAAACUGGCGUUGAUCGACAUAAGCCUAUAUUCUCUCUUCUUCGAACUGGUUUUGAAUGCCUCUUCCGACUGAAUGACCAAGACAAUGAGUUAUAUAAGAAGCGGAUCAAGGAGCUAAGAGCUGAAAGUAAUGGAGCUCAAAUUGGCAUUCAUAUCCGCCGGGGUGACCGCCAUCCUCUGGAAUUUCAGUACGAAAACUCUUACAUCCCUCUGGAUGUCUAUGCUAGGGGAGCUGAAGAACUGGUCAAGUCAAUUCGUGCCCCUGAUCUUUCCCAUCUCGAAGGUGGCGCAAUGAUCCUCGCCUCCGACGACCCAGAUGUCCACUUCGCUCCGGAAAUGAUGCAUACCCGGAAAGCUCAAUCUUUCAUCUCACUCAUAAGCAAAUCUACCCUUGACACGGUAUCCCCCGGCCAGAAGCGUCCUGUAGAUGAAAAUAGCGGCUGGGAAGGCGGCUUCUUUAGCAGUCUAUUUUGGUCCUUAGGCUCUCCACUGUCUCGACCAAUGGCCCCCAACAGUCCACCGCCAUCCGGAUACCCUACUACGCGAUCUGCUCAUAAGGGCCAUGGUCAGUCUUCAAGCCCAUCUGCUGAUCGGCGAACAUUUCUCCCAGAUAAUGAUCACUUCCGUUUCCAUCCUCCUGAAAGUGCCCUGCGCUUGCGGGAAUUCGUCGCUCGCGCAUACCUACUCGAUCUCGCCGUACUUAGUUCGUCUGACGCGAUCGUAUGCGGUGUGAGCAGCGUUUCGUGCCGGUUGCUGGGAGUUAUGCUUGGCUGGGAGAAAGCCAUCGAGCAGAAAAAAUGGAAAAACGUAGACGGGUCGAUGCACUGGCAGGGAUUUAUUUGGUAG